UCUCAGGGGCCGCUACCAGGUGGGUGCUUUCAAAAGCUUCCUGUUUUUGUGUCAGUUUAAGAUGAUUUGGUCAUUGCAUGAUUACAUCACAGAAACAUUUAUGAAGCUUUUGAACUAUGAGUAGGUUAUAUCAAGAAAAAAGAUUUGCGUAAAAUAAGAUAAACAGGUUCAUGGCAACCCUGAAUUCGAUUCAAAACAUCGUCCUUUUUAGGAAAAAACUUUGCCCAUAUCUUAACGGUUAGAACGAGCCUCAACGGUGAGAGUAUAUGGACCCGUGUGUGUUUUUGCGCCCCUCCUCCUCUCCUCAAGUGAAAGCCGGCGGUGAUCAUUACUGGCGCUAAGCGCGUUCAACUGGAGAGACGCACCAGGAGCGCCAAGGCGCAAACACAGCAAGAGCCAAGAUGUCAGUGGAAAGGAUAUUUGACGAGUAUGGACAUUUCAAAAGGUUCCAGGCUUGUUUGUAUUUCGCUGCAGUCUUCCAGGCCAUAGCAUGUGGAAUCCACUACCUUGCCUCGGUUUUCCUGGUUGAGACUCCAAAUUUUGUGUCCAUCGUGCCAGGCAACAUCACCGAUGUCCUGUAUGGCAACGCUACAGGAUCUACUCUGGAAAGUAUCUUACCUCUCAUCAAACCAGCUGGUGGCCCCUUGGUGGUUAGAACAUCUGAGGGGGAACAGUGGGAGCUCAGCCAAUGCAGCUGCGAUCUGCGUAUCGCCCCUCAGAACUUUACAUAUGACUUUAAUGGCAACAAAACCACCAAAGAAUGCAGUGGGAACUUUGUUUACGACCGCAGCGAAGUUUACCAAAGCAUUGUGACAGACUGGGACUUAGUCUGUGAAAAGGAGUGGUUAGCCAAGCUUUGCCAGCCAACCUUCAUGCUUGGAGUGCUGGUUGGAGCAGUGCUGUUUGGGGAUAUUGCUGACAGAUUCGGUCGUGUGAAGAUCAUGAUGCUCACAAGCCUGUGUCAGUUUGGAUUCGGGGUCGCCGUGGCGUUCUCCCUGAACUACUACUUUUUUGUGGUGCUUCGCUUUCUGCUCGCCAUGGUGUCCAGUGGCUACUUGGUUGUUGUAUUUGUGUAUGUGACGGAGUUCACUGGCAGCAAGGUGCGAACAUGGACCUCCAUGCACAUCCAUGCAGCCUUUGCUGUCGGCAUCAUGGUGGUGGCUCUGACCGGUUACCUGGUUCGAGUUUGGUGGAUCUACCAGAUCAUCCUCUCCGUAUGCACCUCACCCUUCCUGCUCUUUUGCUGGAAGUUCCCUGAGACGCCUUUCUAUUUAAUGGCCAAGGGUCGUUAUAAGGAGACUCAAGCCCUGCUGGACAUGAUAGCCCGCUUUAACGGGCUUGAGUGUCGACUUAAGGCGGAGGAUCUCCUGGAGCCGGCGAAGUUGGAGAACGGCAAACCUCUGCUAGAGAAGGAGGGAGAGGAGAAUCCUGCGCAGUCAGAGAAGAAGCUAUCCUUCCUGGACCUGUUUGGCAGCUGGAGGAUGGUGGGCCGUACAUGCACAGUGUGGGCCAUCUGGUUCAUUGGCAGCUUGGGCUACUACGUGUUCUCUCUAGGCUCAGUCAAUCUGGGAGGAAACCAGUAUAUCAAUCUUUUCCUCGCAGGUGCAGUGGAACUCCCCUCUUAUCUGAUUGGCUGCUUUGCAAUGGACCGGAUUGGAAGGAAGAAGACUUGUGCUCCGGCUCUAAUCCUGGCUGGGGUUGCCUGCAUGCUCAUUAUCGUGGUCCCUGCUGACAUAAACGCUCUUGCUGUGGCUCUUAGUAUGAUCGGAAAGUUUGCUGUGGCAAUUGCCUUCGGUCUAAUCUACCUGUACUCCUGUGAGCUUUAUCCAACUGUCAUCAGGUCCCUGGCAGUAGGUACUGGCAGCAUGAUGUGCCGUGUUGGCAGUGUGGUGGCUCCUUUCUGUGUUUACCUGGCUGAUGUCUGGGUUUAUCUACCUCAGCUCAUUGUAGGAAUCCUGGCAUUCAUCAUUGGUGUGUUGACCUUGCUCUUACCUGAGACGUUGGGCAAACCUCUACCCUCCACCUUGGAAGAGGCAGAAGCUCUUGGACGUGACCCCAGCAAGAAGAAGUCAGCCACUGAUAAAGAUGCAGAGGAUGGGAUGGAGCUGAGCAAACAUGAAGCUAAGGCCUGAGCUUUUAUGCUGCUUGGAAACCAGGGCAAAAUUUUGGAGGAAAAAUAAACUGACGAAUGAGAGACAAGCAAACAAUCACAGGUUUAAUGGAUUGGAAAAAAAAAAAAAAAAACUUUCAACAAAAUGCUUGAAAUUAUUAUUAUUUUUUUUGUUGUUGACAUUUUGCUUUGCAAAGUGACCAACAUUUUAACCUAACCUCUGACUUACAUGUAUAAAUACUUGUGUGAUCAAUGGAGUAUGUAUGCGUGAUGUUUUAGUGUGUGUCUGAGACCACAGGAAAAUGUGUCAUAAUAGCAUUAGAUCAAUUUUAGCCUUAUUUUUGUAUUUGAUGCAGGUUUUUAAAGACUUCAAUAUUAGGAUAAAAAGCCAUGCCAAUAAGCUGAACUUCUUUGUACUCAGCCAAGUAAAAAAAAAAAAAUAGACUGAUUGAUUCACAAAUCAGUUUUUGACAAUUUAGCACUGUUGAAUGUAUCAUAAUAUAAGAAGUGCCUUUUUGUUUUAAAGGUUUUUUGGUACUAAAUCAUCUCAGGGCAUUCAGACAACUGUGAAACUAGGAUACUAAAAGUAUUACAGUUUAACAUCAUUUUGACUGCCUUAUUUCUUCCUUGGCCAUAAUGCUAUCGAUGUGUUUACCUUUAGAACCUAAAAUAAGUUCUAUCUGUUUGUAUGUUUUGUUAGUUGUAGCUGUUAUUGAAACCAUUAGGUGAGUUUUUCAUAUGCUUGUAUUGUUUUUUCAGUCUAUAUGCUAGAUAUACUCAGAGAAAUGCACAUCAUGUGUGUGUUCAGGGGUCAGAAUAUAAUCUCCAGAUGUUUGGACCAAAUCCAGGAACAAACUCCAGUUGUGAGGUGAUAUAUAGUUUCCAGUCCAAAGACAGCAUUAUGGGAGCAAUGGUGUUCAGAAUUCAGCUCUACAAUCAUAUGAUUGUUUUUGCACCAAUAGCUUCUUUGCUAUUUUUGUAAUAAAAGAACAAUACUUAUAAUAUAGUCCUCCUUAGGAAUACAGAGCAUUUGUUAUACAGUUUUAUGUGUUUCUGCUUCAGGAAACUAUUUUACAGUGAUACUGAGAAGAGCAAAAGUAAUCUAAAUAAAGACUGUUUCAUAAAAAACUUGCUAAGUGAAAUGAUUUCUAAGCUCUAAUGUGACCUUCUCAUCUGUUUCCUGUUUGACGAGGUUAAACCGAAGCAGCAGAAAGUUCACUCUCCCUUCUCCACCCUACACAUAAAGCAAAUCUUUGUAUUCAGCUUCUGAGUGGAAAACUGCCCAUGAAAUACCUGCAAGUCUGUGUGUACCUGUGUUUACUUUUGUGAGGAUGGAAAUUUUAAAGUAAGCGGCUACAGUUGAGCCUUAAAUUUUCCUGCUAAUGUUAGCCACCGCUUCUGUCCACAGAUGGGGCAUAAAGCUCAUUUCUGUAUCAGAACAGGAAACUAAAAGGCAGCAAUUUUGUGGACAUUUGAGUUUAAGUUCACUUGCCACACCCAUGCUUUAUCACUGCCAGUUCUGUAGAAUUAAGAAACUGAUUCAUUCUAACCUGCCUGACAUCAUGAAAGAGGUUGAAAAAUUUUAAACGGCAGAA